CUACAGAUCCCAGCAUUCUCCACAGGAGACUCCACAGCACCUGCGGCAGUCCCCGGACACCGGGGGAGGGGGUGUGUGUGUGCGAGGAUGAGGAUGGAAGGUGGGGAGGAGAUGCAGGGCGCCGCGGGGCUGCGCUGCGCCUGGGACAUCGCGCCCCCCGCUGGCACCCCGGCCAAGUGGGUGAGGCUCAAUGUGGGGGGCACCGUCUUCCUCACCACCAGGCAGACCCUGUGUCGGGAGCAGAAAUCUUUCCUGUGUCGCUUGUGCCAGGGCGAGGAGCUGCAGUCGGACCGGGAUGAGACUGGUGCAUACCUAAUAGACCGAGACCCCACUUACUUUGGACCCAUUCUGAACUUCCUCCGUCACGGAAAGCUGGUCCUGGAUAAAGAUAUGGCUGAAGAGGGGGUUCUAGAAGAAGCUGAGUUCUAUAACAUUGGUCCUUUAAUCCGGAUAAUCAAGGAUCGCCUGGAGGAGAAGGACUACACCGUAACUCAAGUGCCUCCUAAGCAUGUCUACCGUGUGCUGCAGUGCCAGGAAGAGGAGCUCACUCAGAUGGUGUCUACUAUGUCUGAUGGAUGGCGCUUUGAGCAGCUUGUGAACAUUGGCUCAUCCUAUAACUAUGGGAAUGAAGACCAGACAGAGUUCCUGUGUGUGGUCUCCAAAGAGCUGUACAACUCCCCCAAUGGCCUGAGCUCUGGGCCCAGCCAGAAAGCCAAGAAAGAACUUCCAUGGCUCAUCUUGCAAGUAUCUCCACUCUUUCUUCCCUUUGUCCUGCAUGCUGGGCCACAGAGCACAGAGGAGGACCUGGAGGAGGAAGAGCAGGAGGUGGAGGCCGAAGCAGAAGCGGAGGAGAAAGGUACCUUACCUGUCUGCGCUCUCAGCUCCUGCCAGCCUGAGCUCUGCAUGAGUGACUCACAUUCCUGUUGUGGCUGUUGCAAGCCAGAGGUCUGAGGAUAUGCUUCUGACACUCUGCUCCAGCCUUUUUGUUUCUUCUUUGUAUUUUUGUACCGCAGUGUAUGGCAGCCCCUUGCCCCACAAUGACAUCCUCCAGCCCCCCUCACUUUUCACAUGCACCCACGACUUUUCACAGACUCACCUCGGAGCUUUCAGCCUCCAGCCCUAGAAGAGAGCAGGUGCUCCGGGGAGUCAGUCCCAAGCUAGUGUAGGGCUGGAGCUCCCAGGCCCCUCCCGUUCCUAGCACGCUGGCUUUGUUUAAUGUCACAGUGGCCCCUGCUGGGGACAUCUGCGAUCAGCCACUGCAGCCUGCGGUCCCUUCCUCAGCAUCCUGCGUGCGACUGGGGCCCUGGCGGGUAGUGGCUGCUGCAGAAGGACCCUUUGGCUGUUGCCGGCAGCUGGUCUGGUCUUGUGGUCGAAGGGUAAAUGCAGAGCCUCUGCCCUCUUUUGGGCAGGCUGCGCUGCUGGUGGGGUGUCCCUGCGCUGGGUAUCAUACUCCUUAGUGCCACUCUUCUUGUCCCCCAGAGCAGCCCUGUGUCAGCAGGGUGAGGAGGACACAGGAGCGCAGCCCUGAUACCGGGAACAGGCUGUCGUGUCCGGUAGCAGCAGAAGUCCCCCGUCCCAGGGAGCAGGGCAUUGGCUUCACUGCGGUGCCCGAGGACACUGGGCUGUAACUUCUCAAUAAAACUCACAGUCUGCUCCUC